GGCUGUUUCAGCGUAACAUUGUUUUGGCUUCCGUUGGUUAAAAUGUCUCAAGUUCACGCAGAAAACCUCAUUAAAAACAUUAUCCGUGAAAUAGUGCGGGAGUGUGCGUUGAGAGGACAUACGGUGUCCGACACUUUGGUGGCUUUCAUGGUCAGUAAGUAACCAAAACUUACCCUGCUUACUGUCUUAGCUUGUUAAACUCAUUGUUUGUGGUUUUAUUGAUAUUCUCAGGUGAAAGCUGUUGUACUGGACCCUAGAAAUGGCUUUAAUGUUGACCGGACACUGACCAAACAAGAUGUGCAGAAACUUGAGGAGGUGAGUCAAUAUCUGCCUAACUCUGCAAAAUUAGCACUUAAAGCAUUUGCGGAUACAGUAUAUGUGUUUUAAUGCAGUCCUAUCUUUAUAUUACAUAUUAGUGUGAUGCUAACUUUAAGAGUAACUCACACACAUUCAAAUUUACUUGAUGAACUGACCUGCUGGUUGAUUUUUUGUAAUAAAUAUCUAACUGUUAUUUUUUAUUUUUUUGUAAUAGCUGUGUCUGGAUAAAUUGACUGAGGACUGCAGCCCGUCUCUCGACACCAUCAAGAUGCAGGUGUAUUUUGAUAUGAACUACACCUCCAGGCGUAAGUGUCACUCUGUGAUCUUUCAUACUAAACCCUCCAUGUUUAUAAAGCUAAGAGUAUGCAGAGCUGUAUUUGGCAUAGGCUAAGUUUUAUUUUUAUUAUUAUUAUUUUUUGGUCAUUAUACAUGAACAUUUUGGUCCUCUGAUGGUCUGACUCAGUCCAACCACAAAAAGAGUAUUUGUUUUACUUUGCUUAUGAUUUUUCUUGAUCUUAUAAAUAAACUAUGUGUCUUUUAAAAUGUCAGUUAUUUCUUAAUAACUUAAAAGUGUUUAAGAAAACUUUGAGUCAGCUGUAAAGACAACUAAUCAUGUCUGCAUUAAUCUUUAAUCUUAAUCAAUCUGUCAGUAUUAAAGCUACUAUAAGGAGCUUUUAGUAUGUGUUCAUUUUAGCACCUCCUGUUCUCUUACUCUGGACUUGUAAACAAAGUACUAUAAGACAAAAAAAACAUAUUCUAUUGUCUUAGUGAAUUGUUUAAUUCACUGUGGGUCAUUGCAAUGGAAAACAGUGAAGUAGCUUGCAGGACUCAAAUAAUCAAGUAUGUCAGGCAUACCUUAUUCUUACCACCCCGUCAGGCUGUUUGUGAAAUUGAAAUAUAGGUCUCUUCAAACUCUGAAUACUUUAGUUGUGUAUUUCAAAUUAACAUUAUCAUCGAGCAGGUCCUAUGUUUGUUUUUUUUUGCAGGCGAGUUCCUGGAGGAAAUCCACCGGGUGAUGGAGUCUCAGCUGAGCUCUGUGAGCAGAGAGAUCGCCGACAGCAGGGCGAAAACACGGGACGAGUUCAAAGCUUUGUACCAUAAGAUCGUCACUUACAUCCUGUUGCACUCUGGGAUGGGCUCACCUGCAGACGACGAUGCUGUGAAGGAGGCAACAGGUUCAAACCGACUCAAACAUUCAGAUUCACUUAUAUGCAAAAGAACAGUGGGAUCACUAUCUUUGAAGCACGGCCUUAACAGUCUCAUUAUUCACUCCCACAAGCUAUAAAAUUCAUUCACAUGAGAGUAACUAGUGAUGAUGAUUAUGUUCCCCUUUGUCUCAGCGGCCCUGCAGAGUGUCUUCCCUCACACUGGGCUGGGAGCCUUCAUGGCCCUCCUGAAGAGAGACAAAGAGCAGCAGCUCAGGGAGCUCACCAUGACUGUUACAGGGAUCCGACUCUUCAACAAGGCCGGCAAGAAAGGAGAGGAUGAGGCUGACCUGAAUGAUCUCAGUACAGUACACCUGCUACUCACACUAGAAUUAUCGUCAUACUCGUUUAUCGUCAUCUGAUGAUCCUAUCACGCUGAGAUUAUACAACUCUAGCUACAAUUAAGGACUUAUUAAUGUAGAGCAGUGCUGUAUCCAAACCAAAAGAUCAUCAUCUUUCAGGAUGUUUGCUGUAGUAGACUCCAGAAUAAUAUCCUGCAUCUGACAUAGAUCUAUCUUUCCAUCCUUGUUUUGUCUGCAGCGCCUGCAGCUCUGACUGAAGCCCUUCCAGCCGUUAUCACGAGUUUAGAAAACGAGCUGAAAGAGACUCAGAGUUUAGCCUGGAAAUACACGGCAGUGCUGGAGAAACUGACGGAUCCUGAUAGACAGCCUUCAGGGUGCGACGUUCCCAUCGUGUUACACAAACAGGUUCUGUACAACGUCAGGCAGCACGAGGGUUUCCUCAAGAUGUUACUGGUGAGGAAAAAGAAGCUUAUGGAAUAAUGUUGUAAAUGUAACUUAUUCAUCAUAUUUUAACUAUAAAAUGUCACAUUAACAUCAACCAUAGCUGUGCAAUUGAGCCUAUUGAUUCCAUCGAACAAAGAACAUAAAAGUAGUUGAUUAUUUGUGUGUUUUCUGCAAAAUUAUUUAUUAUUAGGUGAAGAUUUGACGAUAACAUACGGGAUUCUUAGAUUUCCACUGUUCAUAUCAGCGAGGUCUACAAGUCAAUAAGAGCUGCUGUUAUUUUACAUCCACCUGGUUUUACUGAGAUUUAAAAACACCCCCAAAGCUUCUGAAAAGCUUGGCAUGCCUUUAUUGUUCAGUUAUUCUCUGUUCUCUUUUCUUUUACCUUCAGGCUGAUGCUCGUUUAUGUGCCAAACAUGUUGAGAUCCUGCACACCGAGUUCUCCUCCCACAUGAAACUGCUGAAAGACACAGUGAAUUCAAAGACAGCUGUGCCCACUGCGAUAGUUUUUGUAGGUGUCUGGCAUUACUUUUAUGUCAUUUCUAUGAUUUAUUUUCCCUUAAAAAAAGAUCUGAGCUAUUUUGUGUCUGCUUUUGUGCUUGUCUUUGAUAUGUAUAAUUUUUUGCUCAUUGUACAAUUGCCAUCACAACAGAAAAAAAGUGUUUCGCUUCAGAAGUUUUUAUUUCCACAGACUCUUUCAUUGUCAUUUCUCACGCUGUCUUCCAGCCCCUGUUCACAGCUCUGUCAAAGCUCUGGUUGGGACUCCAGGAUGAGGCCGAGCUGCUGAACAUCCUCAACAACAUAAGACUCAAUCUGCAACCCUUCAUCGCCAAGUUUUUCUCUGAGGAUGAUUUAGACGGCUUGCUAGAGGCUGCAGAGGUGAAAACAGAUGAGGAGAGAAUGAUCGUGUCCUCGGGUACGGCAUUUUUCAAUAACUAACACAAAUUAAAUUCCACCGGUCUUACUGCUCUGGACUCCUGAUUAUAUCAUCUCUUACCCGGGUAGAUUCUGAUGCUGUUGAUUUUCUUUGUAAUGCUGCUCAGAUGAGCGUAUAGAUCCAGCUGUGAUGACGGCAAAUGAUUGGCUCCUGCCUGAAACUACAGCCAAGUUUAAUGACCUCCCACUGCAGUAUAAUGGAGUCUGUGGAUACACACUGGUGAGCAGAGAUGGACUUUUACUUCCAGGUACUUUCCCUAUCACCCAUCAAACCGUGUUUCUCAUGCAACCACUAGCUACACUUUGAUGCCAUGGGAGUGAUGAUAUGUGAUUAAAACAGGAUUGUUCAAUAAGCGUCUUUAAUCUAGUCUGUUGUGCCUGAAAGCAUCAGUUUUGAAUACUCCUCACUUGCAGGUAAUCCUCACAUUGGAGUCCUUAAACACAAGGAGAAGCUCUAUGUUUUUAGCUCCAAAGAAGCUGCUUUAAAAUUUGCCUCCAGUCCCGAUGAGUUCAUUGAAGAGGUGGCAGAGAAGGCAAAGCUCUCACCUGAACUGAUACAGCUCCUCAAACUGCACCAUCAGUUUUCCUGCGUCAGCCCGUACCCCGAGGUCAGCAGCUUUAGCGUUAAGUCUCAGCUUUAUCAAUUCCAUUGCAUGUCCAAAACAGUCGUUAUGGAUCUGUGUGUCACUCACUAAGAAUUCAGUUAGUAAAGACUGUUAAAGGACAAGUUUUCCUCUAUGAUUUCAACCAAACUUAGUUGUUGAAUUGUGAUUUUGCAGAUGCAGCCAGGAGAAACUUUACUAGUGAAGCCGAUAACAAAGUGUGAGAGCGGCACACAGACCGACAUCCACCCUGUGGAGACAAACAUCGAUAGGUCAUAUGAGUGGAACGAGUGGGAGCUGCGAAGAAAAGCCAUCAAACUGGUAAUUCAUCCACAAACAAAGACUGUUUAUGCAUCAUGUAGUUAAAUUUUUCAUUUUGCAUCCACCCAGCAGCAGCAGUUACAGGCAUUAAAACUGUAUUAUCAAUCAGAGUCUCAUUUAUUUAUUUAUUUUUAGCUUGUAAAGAGGUGACAAUAUUAUUUCAAUCCAUUUUGAAACCAAGAGCUGUUAAUAUGAUAACCCCACAGUCAAUAUUAAGCUUAUAAAAAGUCCUUUAAACAUUCUUAUUGAGACACAUGUAAGGAUAUUACAUGUAAAACAAAUGUCCCUGCUGAGUCUCUAUGAGUUUCACAGUGACACUAACAUUCCAGCAUAUCUUCUUGUGUUUUAUAUUUCAAGGCCGAUCUCAUGAGCAAAGUGACCCACUCCACUCAGACCAACUUGAGCCACAUGAGACGUGAAAACACGACUCAGACGUGGCUGCCGAAGAACGUUGCAUGUCAGAGUAAGAGGGACGGAGAGAGCAGCGUGCCCAAACCUCAUGUCUCCCUAGCAGGACUGAGAGGACAGAGAGAUGGACAUGUAGUCAAAGUAAACCUCACCAAGCCUGUGGAUGAAUAAUCAGUGGAGCUGUUUUGUCGUGGAAAUUAAAAGUAUGGUGAGAGCAUUUUUAUAUCUUUGAAUAGUCUUAUUAGGCAAAAGUGUAUAUAAUAAGGAGAUUGACCAUGGAGUUACUACAUGGGAAGACAACAAGCUCAUUUCAUCAGUAAAUAGAUGCACAGGUUCAUUUUUUAAAACACAAACAUCUGCAUGAUCGUAACCUGGCUGAGCCAUCCUGUUGUGUGAAUCACUUGACGUUCCUUCCCACCACAGUCUGGACUUCGGCCCAUAGAGAGCAUGUAUGCCCGAUCAGAAACUAACCGGGCCAAUCAGAGACCGUGUUUUCACUGUUACCCGGACAACAGGGAAAGGCAGCCCCUGAUUGGUCCAUGUACUACUGUAACCAAUCACUGUAACCAAGCAUCUGUGAUGAUGUCAGAUGCUUGGUUACAGUGAUUGGUUACAGUAGUCUGUCUAUCAAGGAAAGUACUCCCGCCCACUUUCAGGGCUUCCAAUGGGCCGAAGUCCAGACUGUUGUGGGAAGGAACGUCAAGUGAUUCACGCAACAAGAUGGCCCAGCCAGGCUAUCAGUUCAGGAGGUCAGAGUCGCAGGCUUCUCCCCGCUAAAUGAUUUGGUGAUGAAUAUUUUGAACGAAUCUUUUUAGUGACUGAUUCUAGUGAGUCAGUACAUCUAUAAGAACUGCCUUGCCCAUCACUACUCUGAAUGCAGAGAUGCAAAUAAGUACAAAUUUUCAUUUUGCUGGUCUCCAUUUUGUGCAAUUUUAUAUUUUCUGUAUAUGCAACUUCAGUAGUUGUCGUCCUAAGUUCAUGUGCUCUGAAAUGCACUUUUCUCAAUAAAAUAGGUGUAUUUAUGUCAAAGA